AUGUCGCCCCAGGCGGAGAGAAAGUUCCAGUACUCCGCGGAGGAAUACCGGGCGGUACAAGAUGCGCUGCGGCGGAACCUCGGACCCGAGUACAUCAGUACCCGAGCAGCGGGGGGCGGACAGAAGGUGUGUUACAUCGAGGGCCACAAGGUGAUCAGCCUGGCAAACGAGAUGUUUGGGUACAACGGCUGGUCCCACUCCAUCUCUCAGCAGACAGUGGAUUUUGUGGACCUGAUCAAUGGAAAGUUCUACGUUGGAGUAAGUGCAUUUGUCAAAGUUCAGUUGAAGGAUGGCUCGUACCAUGAGGAUGUGGGCUAUGGGAUAAGCGAGGGCCUCAAGUCCAAAGCCAUGUCCCUGGAGAAGGCCAGGAAGGAGGCAGUCACCGAUGGACUGAAGAGAGCUCUGAAGUGCUUUGGAAAUGCUCUGGGCAACUGCAUCCUGAAUAAAGAAUAUCUUGUGGCUAUUAACAAAAUACCCAAACAGCCCCCGCCCCCGCUGGAUGUGGCUCAAACGAAGCGGUCGGACAGCGAACCCCUAGUGGAGAAGGCCAGGUACUGCAGCUUGGCACAGGACCACGAGUGUGUCGGCAAGGCGGCGAUAAUCUCUGUGCCCCUGGCCCAUGGAGUCAAUGGUGUUACCAGAACAUCACUGCCCAAUGAUGGAGCCCAGCUGGAGAAUGAGAACGUGAACAAUAAUACCUCCAGGUCUGAGAUGUCUGCAGUGGAUGUCUCUGGCUCUUUGGAUGCGAGCCUCAACUCCAAGCAUCUGCGAAAACUGAAACAGCAGCAACUGCAGCAGAAGUUCCGCCAGGAAAUGGAGGCCAGGAGAAGACAGGAGGUCCAGCAGCAGGCAGAGGAGGAGAAUGUAGCAGUGCUCAGCAAGGGCAGGCCCAAAGGUAACACAUGCUCCUCUGACUCCUGUGGGGACCGCCUCAGUCACAGCACACCUGUGGGGCCUCAAAGUGCAAGUGUGGAGGAGUGCCUGGCGGAUGAUCCAGAGCUGUGGAACUUCACCUUGGAAGGAGCAGAUUUCCUGGAUGCACCCGCACACAAAGGUACAAUACCCUGCCCCUCCACACCCACCAGCCAUGAGAUGCUGACCCGCAGCAAAACCCCACAGCGAACGGCACCCCUUUGGCCUCCUGCCAGGGCCCAGGGUUCCCACGGCCCCAUCGAUCAACCUUACAAGCAACAAGGGCAACAUUCCACAAACAGUGCACAGACGGGAGCCCCCCAGAGUCCCCACAGGCAAGGACAGUACUUGAAGAAGCGCAGACUGGAAACAUAG